UUAUUGUAGAAGGCCUUACGAGGUCUGACUUAUAACGAUACAAGAUGAUGAUGUUAAACACAACCAACCUUGGAGAGUAUCUUUGUGUUGGCGACUACAUUUGUCUGUAUUCAGUUGAAACAGAGGGUUACGCAUACAGCCUUCAGUCUAGUUCGGUUCACAGUCAAGUUUACAUCUACAGAAAUCAGGAUAAAGAUAAGCCAUCAAAGGUACCAUCAUGCGUUUUCCAAGUGUGUAUCCAGAAUCGCUACAAGUUGAACAAGAAAUACCGAAAGUAUUUAUCACAAGCUAAUUCAAGUGGGAAUCUCCUUGAGGCAAAUAAUGUACUACAGCAGCACAAGCUUGCUGCCGAAGCGGAGAACAGCGACAAUGCUCAGGAGCAAAAGAGACAGAUGGGGAAAAGGGUCAGAUAUGGUGAAAUAAUUCAGCUAAAGCAUGUGUUCACCAACAAAUUUGUGCACAUGUGCACGUCACAAACAUCACAAGUGGACAAAAACAACAUGGUGGUCAUGUUACAAGAAUUCAAUGCAAAGAAUGCUCAGUUUAGAUUAUUGCCUCAAUACAAGGUCAAGUCCGAGGGAGAAGUGGUUCAAAUCUAUGACCAGAUUGUGUUCGAAAGUAUAAAGUCCCCUGGGCAUUUCUUACAUGCCAGUUCUGGAUUUCAGAUCGACCAUUUCACAUUUGGAUCUGAGAUUAAUCUUGGAGUUGAGAGGUCCGGCUUCACGCUCAUCCGCUUUAGGAAGCAGGGAACCACGGACAUGGAACUAUUUGUCAGGGGUGGAAGUAUUAUUCGACUAUUUCACAAAGAGCUCGAAGCAUAUAUGGUCGCUGAAGGACUCUUUGACGAUGAGGUCACUGAAGACGUUCAUUUCCGGAUCCGUGUAAUGGAUCAGCAUAAACCACGAACGCUGUCACCCCCAACUUCCGGUAACUCAUUUUGGGUAAUAGAAGCGGAAAAUGGAAUUUUUAAUGGGGACAUUCUACAGUGGGAGCAGCAGAUACGCUUACGUCACAUGACCACGCGGAAAUAUCUGUGUAUAGAUUCUACACACGAGAUAAUGUUGACAGACGACAAUGAAGACCCGAGAACUGUCUUCAGACUACAUAGCGUUAUCAAUGAAAGAGAUGAGAUCAGAUUUGAAAGUUAUUGCAGAAUAGAACAUGUCCUAACUGGCUUCUGGCUACAUGCUUUAAAAGAUGAAGAUUACAUACGUAAGAAGUUCCGAGACGUUGAAAAUGUCAACGAUCAGACGCUGAAGGGUCUUCGGUGGGAUAGUGCAAUGGUCAGACAGGUGUCUGCGAGUGGAGAAAGCCAGUAUGAUGAUGCCUUCACUAUACAGAUGGUGGAAGACAUUCAAGUUGCCGAGUUCAACUACGUAGCUGGCAUGGUACCAUUUCUCCAGAACAUCAUCAAAGAUAGACAAUUAGGAGUCAUCCUUAACUCAAAGAAAACCCACCAAAUGCUUGUAGCAUUGGAUGAAUUGCAACAUUUUAUGCUGGUGAAAGACCUUCCAAGCAAAGAUAGACAGAAACUCAUGAGGAAUCUGAGAGUCAUAGAUCUUUUGGUGAAGAUCUUGCAGUUUCCGCUAGAUGGCGUGCCAGAUGAGCAAAACAUUAUUCUCAUAUUCAAAGAAGCAUAUGAGAUCUUAUACACAUAUAUGAUAGGCAAAAGUCGAAAGAAUGCUCUGUACUUUGCCAAAUAUAUCGAAUUUUUCCAAACCCAAUUCUCUCAAAAGGGAGGUAUAGGUCUGAAUGUUGCUCAGAUGAUUGUAGAGUUGAUUAGAGACAAGAGAAAAAUCGUGGACAGAAUAUCACAUCAACAGAUUGACGAGUUUGUUGCCUUGCUGCAAUCAAGUCAGAAUUACAGAUUUCUUGACUUGCUGCAUGUGCUGUGUGUUUGCGAUGACGUAGCCAUACCAAACAAUCAAACAUACAUUGUGCAGCAGUGGAUGCAAUGUGAGCAGAAAGGAAUCUAUCUGACGGCACGUGGACAAGACAUCAAUAGACAGCCAAAUAUUCUGUAUAUCUCGGCAGAUGAUGCCAGAUCCUGGAUAGCUUUGCACGAGUUUGUUGAUGAAUCACACGUUUCAUAUGACAAAGACAAACACGAUUUUCUCUUGCAUCAGCUAGACUUGUACAUAGCGUUGUGUAAGGGUAGGAAUGAUUUUGCCAUCAACAUCAUUACGAAAGAGUUACGGUACCUGACGUGGGAAGAAACGUUUUUAGCGUUACGUUCAGACAUUUUACCUGACGCUAUCCGGGCAAAGUAUUGUGACAUCACAACAAGCUUGUUUGUUGAUAUCGGAAACAAUUAUUCUGUGCUCGCGCAUCCUAAUAUUUGUUUCGUGUAUGACUAUGUUGGGUCAAAAGACGAAGAAAAAAGUCAGGGUGAUUUUAUUGUGAAAGAACUAGUUGCCAUAUUUCCUGUAUUGAGGGACUGGAUUGCAGAGUUUCUGUCGGAGAAUAAAUGUAUGUAUGCAUCCGAGGUUGGACACAAUAUGCUGAUAGAACAGGUUGUUAGGCUUCUAUACUACCUGGUUAUGUUCGGAUAUUACAUGGACGCUGAAGAUGUGGAGAACUUAUUACCACCCUUGUUGAAUCUUCUAGAUGGAAGACACGAUUACCCGUUCCUGAAAGAAAAAGAUAAAAGCUCUUCCAAAGAGGAAAGAAAACGUAUACAACAGUACCAGCAAACGGAGAGAUACGAGAAAUCGAGGGAGACCGAGGCCAUAGUUAAUGCCAAGUUUCAAGUACUAGAGGUGCUGGACCUACUGUUGACUUACCAGAGGAACUCCAGGCUACAGAGUUUUGUGGGCAAGUUCAAGGUUGCGGAGCAGUUAGCAGCACAGGGUCGGGGCUUGACUAUCAUGUGCUCGUUGCUGUACGACUCGUUCGAUCCCCAUGACCAAUCACAAAAAGGACUUGGUGUGCAGAAAAAAGUCAAUCGAGAGCUUAGAGAUAUGUUUAACUUGUCAGCCAUAUUUGAUGUAGAAUUUCUCACAAAAGUGCUCAUGGAUCUGACAAUGUACAAGUAUAACAAGAUGAUCAUCAAGUCUUUAAAUAUCCUGAAUAAACUUUACUCUUCCAAGAUGAACAUGUUCAAUAUUGCCAGCAAGGCUCAGAUUCUUUUGACGCAAGAUUCCGCACGUGUACAUCGAGAGGUACUAAAGAAUAUGCCGAUACUGAGAAGAUUAUCACGUGCCAAACUUGACGAUCAACAAGUAAAACUGAUGGGGAACAUCCUUGAUGAUUUGGCUGAAUUCUGCCAUCUACCUAUGACCCCUGACGAACCUCAUCCUAUGAACCAGAAUAUAAUGAUUAGUAACGGAAUUUUGGAUGUGCUGUUUGACAUACUGGUCCAAGAAAUCGAUGCAAAGUUACUGAGAAUAUAUGGUGGAAUGACUGACAUCUUCAAGAAGGCAUUUUACUUGCUGAAGCUUCUAGCGAGAGAAAACUUCCGUGUUCAACAUCAUAUUAUGGAACGCCUCGAUAUCAUGCUUGAUGUCAGAGUCGUAGAAUCUGAUUUGGCUAUUGCCCUAAAGGAGGUUUUCUGCGGCAAUCAGGCAACAUGUUUAAAAGUCAGUCCCCGUCAAAUACAGAAAAUUGUAAACCGUGCAGCUGCCCUACAAGACCGGGCACCAGAAUUCCUGGAUCUUCUUGGCAUGAUUGUCAAGGUGGUGGGAACCAAUCUGACACUGAAAAGAAACCAGGCCUAUGUUAUGAAAUACAUCAUGCAGAACUACAAGAAAGUCGCGUUUGUUCUAGACAUGUCCCGGGAAGAAAGAGCCAAGAUAUUGACUGAUCCGAGUGAGAUAUCCAGAUUGAGGUAUUACAUAAGUCUUCUAGAUCUUCUAGCAGCUUGUGCCGAGGGCGAGAACAUGUUCAUUGAAUCGUUGUGCCAGACCAUUCUGCCCAUUGAUGAUUUACUUUGGGUGUUAAACAACGACAAAGUGGAUAACGUUUAUAAGAAACCAUUCCUGAAAUGUCUACAUCACGUGUACAUGAAAAACGGGGAUGUUGCCAUGGAAUCAGGGGCCUCUGAGAUGUCACACUUCGGAGACUUAUGGGACUUCAUGUCGACGGUGUCAGUUGAGAUGAACAGACUGACGGACAGUGUUAAAGAAGAUCCUGAUAAGAUAGCGGUCUAUAUAAAGACAGCACCAGAGAAAAGUGGUCAAGCAGCUGCCCCAGACUUUGAAUCAUCGUCAUAUGGAACAUUGUUGUUCUUCUUGGAAGGCGUAUUGCCCUUCUUGGAGUCGUUCUACAGGGACUUUUACUUCCCGGACAGCUCAGCGCAUCCGAACGAACUUGACGAAACGGAUCAUAUUGCAAAAGCUAUUGUGAUGUUUGGUGAAGUUUUGGGACCAUUGGUAUUCAAGGCAUCACACAUGAAGAACCUUGUUCAAUGUGUUAGUGUGAUAGUUCCAAUAUCAAACAUGCCGAACUCCAAUCUAGACCAUGUUUUGAACAGAUUUGCCUCUGGCAUAACUGCUGAGGAUACAUCAAGUGCAAUACGAAGGGGAAACAUCGAAUACUACUCAGAUGAAGUGGAGAUAAACGCCAAAUUUCGGACGUUUACUAAGGGUUGCUCUAUCGUGUUUGCUGGACAUAAUACUGUCACUGCACAGCUUAAAUACAAAUCAAAACGGGAGUACACUGACCUGGGUGGAGACGAAGAACUUCCAUUGGGAGAAGAAUUCCAAAGCCUCGUCAGAUGUUUCAUCAUUCAGUCAGAGAAGAAGAUCAUUAAGAAAUACGAGUGGACAGCAAAAUUGAUAGAACAGCUUCACAUUUCUUUGGAACGGAGACGAAUGACUGAGCAUGCGCGACUUGAGAUGGAUGAACUGAACAUAAAAUGUCUACAGAUUCUUAGGGCUAUGAUUCAUAAUGAGGAGAGGAAAUUACCGGAAGACUGGGCAACACGGACAACAGAAACAAAAAUUGCUAAGGGCUUGAAAGUAAUAAACGAGAUACAGAACUAUUACGACUCACGGAAAGCGAUGAUGAAAGUUCUUCCUCAUCUAGCCACAAGGAAUGAAGAAGUCGCAAAAGAGGUUCUUGGCUAUCUUUGUGUCAUGCUGUUCAAUGCCAACCAUACAGUACAGAAAUCAAUGUUGGACUACUUUUUAUCCACAAGAGAAGAAGUUUUCUUCAUGGCUGUAAGAGACCGAAUGGCACUGUCGACAAACACAAUAAAGGAAAAACGAUCUCUGCAAGCCCAGAUGGAUGCACAGAAGAAAAAAGAUUCUACAAAAUCAAUUUCUAAAAGAUCACAAAACACGUUUUCUGUUACAAUCCAUGCUCUCAAGCAAAUUCAGGCGUAUGAAGACGCGUUACGCCAACAGAGACUCAGCGGAUGGAAACCUAAAAGGGCUAUAAAUCCGAAGUUAGCUGGCAAGAAGAAGGCGAAAAAGAAAGGAACAACAAAGUCGAAGCCGGGAAAGAAAAACAAGGUGUCUGAUAAAGUUGCUAAAGUUGCUAAUGGUACUGCUAAAGAAGAUCUAGCAUUAAUGGAUAAUGCUGGGUUUGAAGAUACAGAAAUGACCGAGAUUAAAGUAGAAAUACCUGAAGACGACGAGGAUGAUGAGCAUGAAGAGGAAAACCAAGAUGAAGAAGAAAGCGAUAACGCGCAAGAACUUAGAAACGACGGCUAUAUAGAACUGGUCCUUAAAGUCAUGGCUAGAAUGUGUGAUGGACAAAAUCACACUUUGCAGGAUUACCUCAGAGAACAGCCGGAUAAUGUGAAGUCUUUCAACAUUAUAGGCGAGGUUACCCAAUUUCUAAAUGUGAUUUAUUCAAACAUAAAAGCUAAAAGUAUCGACUUGGUAAUUCAACUCUUCGAUACGAUGACCGAGUUUACGGCAGGAAAUCAAGAAAAUCGCGUGGUUAUCUAUGACAACAAGAUUAUUGACUACAUCAACUUCAUAAUGAGAGCUGGGGAUUUCGAGGAUUGUUCUACUGAUAAGGUUCUAGCUUUGAGAGAAAGUAUUUCCAACCUUGUGCUAUCGCUGGUAGAAGAAAAUGGACCAGGAAAAACACAAGUUGCUUUGGAGGUCAAGGACACGUUGGACAAGAAAGCAGUUGUGACUUUAAUGACCGAAUGUUUUGAAAAUCAUGGCAUUGACAAGAAAAAGUUAGAAGAAAUGAAAUAUAUACAAUUGGAAGGAGCACUGCCGCCAUCGAAAAACAAGGCAUUGACUGGGGCAAAAGAUAAGCUCAUUAGGGGACUGAAGAAGAAGGAAAAGAAUGAGUUUGCAGAGGAAUAUGAAGAUGUUGGAUACAGAUUAUAUCUGAUACUUGCAAGAAUGAUUGACAUAGAUCCUCAUAUUGUAGAGACACUGAAAUUGACACCGCUGCAACAAAAGGCCUUCAAUUUUUACAAGAAAAAUUGUCAGUCUAUAGAAAUUGUGAAGGAUGAUGAACUACAAAAGGCCAACUUCAGGGUAAAAAGCAAGCGUGUGUUGCGCGAGGAGGUCAAGGAAAUGUUGAAAUGGAGCGUUGAUAGGUCUUCGCCGAGUAACAAAAUCAGAGACCUUAUGGCAUGGAGCGGAGAUAUAAUGAAGGAUAUUGCUUAUCAGCGGCGCAUCCUUAGCAACUACGUGGCAAUUGUUCUCACUAAGGGCUGGUUAGGGUGGAAUCAUCUGGUCACAAUACUAUCCUUCGCUAUAAACAUUCUAAUGUUGGUGACGUGGAAUGCCAAAGGUUCGCUAGAUACACCCGGAUUGUUUAAUAAUACAACUGCUAUCCCAGCCUCUGUAAAUGACCCAAUACCUGAAAUCAGCAACCUUACAAAUGAACAAUAUACAAUGGCUAUCUACAUACUGGGAGGUUUGCACAAUUUCUUCUGCCUUCUCGUAUUUAUAAGCUACUUUGUCGGCAAUCAUCCAAGGUUACCAAAGCCGAAGACGUGGCUUGCAUCCAUCAGGGCUUUGUUCAUCUCGAAGAAGAAGUUAGAAGAAGAAGCAGAUGAAGACAAGAAGAAAAAGCACGUGUCUAAAAUGGAUGCGAAGUUGAUGAGUUUUACUACAUUCUACUACUUUGCUUUUGUCGGCUUGUCUAUUGGUGGAACAUUAUUUCAUGGAUAUUUCUUUGCAUUCCAUCUUCUCAACAUUGUCAACAACAAUCAACUGCUGAGCGGAGUUAUCAAGGCUGUAACACAAAAUGGAAAAUCACUUGUGUGGGUAGGGAUUCUUGGACUAUGUGUGUUUUACCUGUAUGCCAUUAUAAGUUUUGCCAUGAUGAGAAGUAUGUUCAAUCCCGAUGACUAUCUGUACUGUGCCACCCUUUGGCAGUGUACCCUGACUGUCAUUAGAUAUGGACUGAUUGGUGACCUGUUCGAUCUUCUUAAAGAAAACUACGAUUUCUUUCCAUUGGACCGGGCGCUGUCCCUUGCGGCAAUGGGUCAGGAUUCAACUGAAGUUAAGAUUGACGAUCUUUUGUAUCAAGUAACAUCAAUUGUGGAGAAACAAAAGCGAGAGGAACUAGAGAAGAAGCGUCUAGAGGAAAGAAUGAGACAGAAAGCUUGGGAAGAAAAGCAUCGGCUUGGUUCAUUCCGUAAAAAGGCAAGUUUACAAACAAGGUCAUCCGAGGAUCUUCUAUCGAGUGCACAGCAAGACGAACAAUUCACUCACCAAGACACACUACAACUUGCAAUUGAAAGUCCACCACAAGGUCUGUCGCCAUCUUAUUCAAGAAGACCAAGUAUUUCUGCCCUUCAAAGACGCCCCAGUGGAGUAGGCCCUGGCUAUCAGCCACCUGCUAAUCGUCAUGACAGAUACCGCCGGCGACGCAGCGUAAGUCCGCUAGAUCCAAGAGAAACCUUGUAUCGCCGUUCAUCCAGAGGCUUCGAUGAUGAUCAGGAACCUCUUAUAGGAGCCUUAGGGUAUGAGGAUCGUGCACAAAGCCCAACACUCUUCGGUGUUGACAAUGACUUACUUGAUAUAACUCCUGUUCCGUUUAGUCGGCGGCAGUCAUUAAGAAGUCCAAGACUCAGUUUGGCAACCUCGCCAAGAGAGCAUACCUCUUUCUUUGCUGAGUCUGACCCGAUGCCAUACUUGAGACAAUUAUCACAACAAUACUCACAAGAAAGGCGUCUUUCACAAACAUACCCUGAAGGUAGACCACUGACAUUACCACCAGAUCGUGACCUUGACAGAGAUGACGCUGAUAGUAUAACGUCAGACGGCGGAACACCUGAAACGCGCUUUUAGACCAUGUUACCAUCAUUAAAAUAUCUAACAACGUCUAAUUAAGAAGUUCAGAUAUAUAAUCCUAAAUGCACAGCGUUUAAAAUAUAUAUACAUAUGAGUGGAGGACAAACUUAUGCGAUAAUAUGCAAAGCAAUGUAGAGAAAUUAGACGUAAAUUCAGUGUUUUCUAAAUGGUAGCAAAUGUGGUUAGUUCGAAAACUAAUUGCGAUUUAAAGUCGUCCAACGUUAGCAACUGAGCUUUUUUUCAAAAUGUAUGC